ACCUGGAUUCACAUUGCUCUACCAUCAUGAGCGAGGAAAUGGUCGUCAGUCUACGUGCACCGAUUAUCGAUUUGGCUUAUGAGCGACAGAAAAAGACUUACACACGUGAACUAGCUAGGCAAUUGGAGAGGAUUCCUUUACUCAGUGGCGAUCAUCGUUGCGAACUUUCCGUUCAGCUUUUACAACAGGUGAGGCAUUUGCACGAGCAGUCCAUGGUUUCUGAAUGUGAAAGUAUUGCGUCUCUCCUUCAAAAACCAGACGAGCGAUAUCAACUGCGACUAGAACUUGAAACAGAAAGCUAUAACUUGAACACAGUUCAAACCUUAGCGAACAACCACUUUAUGGAGCGUUUUGAUGCGUCCACAUCCGCAGAAACAGGAAAGGACAACACCUCGUACGCCAGGAAUGUGUCAUCAAGCGACAUGAACCUCCCGUCACCUACACAGAAGUAA